AUGUUAAGAAACUUAGACUAUCUUGGAUGGCUGUUUUUUAUCAUUUUCCUUAUUUUAUUAAUACCAAAUUAUACAAAUUCAUAUCAUCAAGUAGCAGUUGAAGAAGUUCUUAAGGAGAAGAAAAGACAUCUUAUGGCUAUAAAAAAUUUAACACUGGGAAUUCAAGCAAAUAUUACUAAUGUUGAUACAACUGUUCCAGACACUAUAUUAGAAAAAAAACGUUCAUUAUUUUCUAAAGGAAUUGGAGAAAAAGAAAGUUUAUACCAUAACAUUACUGGUUAUGUACAUGGUGAAUGGCAUAAAUUCCUUACUCAUUCAAAUAGUACAUUAAUCCCCAAAUAUGCAAAGCGUUUUGAAAAAUUGCUGUCAUAUAAUAAAGGGUUACUAAGCAUAUUCUUUGAAGAAUCCAUACUUAAUGGGAACCGAAUAACUGAUGCAACUCUAUCAAUUCAGGAUGAAGCCGGAAAUUUAUAUGAAAAUAUUAGUCUUAAGGGUAUCCAUUUCGAAGAUAAUGGAUCAAUGAUACUCACUUCUUCAUCAUAUAAAUUUCCAAGUCUUAUAACUAUUCCUCUUUUUGCAUUUAAUAAUUUCAUUUUUCAAAAAUCGCUUAUAUUAAUAACUCAAAUUUUAGAACAACAAAUAAAACAAUUACAAAACAGUAUCUCUAAAAACAAAAAAAUUCAAAUUCAUAACGAUAGUAAUAAUGAAUAUUGUGAAUUUGUAGUUUAUUUACAGCUUCUUCCUAUUCAUAACAAUAAAGAGCCUAAAUUAAGAGAAAUAGAAAAAGAUCUUCAAAUGCCAAAUGGUCUUCCUUACUCUUUAAUACCACCUAUUAUAUUAUCUGGGAUUAUUAUGUCUCCUGAUUGCAAAUUUUCUCUAGAUUUUAACAACAUUACUGGAAUUAAAAAAGAGAAAUAUUAUUCAGAUAUUAACAAAAUUGCUUUCUGGCAAAAUCUUCUGAUCAUUAUACAAAUUUAUUUGCUCAUAAAGCAAAUGAACGAGACAUCAACCCCAUCUAGUAUUUCUAGAAUAUCAUUUUGGAGCAUUUGGAUACAAGCAUCUUUAGAUGGAUAUUCAUGUAUAAUUUUCUUAUCUACAUCUAUAUCGCAUAACAGUAUAUUUCUUUCUUCUAUUACUACUUCAUUUCUUUCAUUUACACUUGUUGCAAUAUUUGGAAUGAGAUAUUUGCUUAUUAUUCAUCGCAUACAGCAACCUGAAACUAGAAUAACUACUAUAGAAAGGCCUAGUCACGAAACAAACGAGGAAACAAUCCCAUUAAAUCAACAAGAACAUAUACAUCAAACAAAUAGGACUCAGCAAAGCGAAUAUAACAAUAGCAAUAAUAUUAGUGCAAUAUAUACUCAAUUUUAUCUCUUUCUUCUAGUGGUAGUAUUGAUUUUCCCACAAAUAAUGUUAUUACCAGCCAAUAAAAGACAAUAUAUUGUGUAUACAAUAACUUUUAUAGCAUUUUCAUUCUGGUGGCCUCAAAUCAUACGAAAUAGCUUAAAAGGGUACAGAAAACCAUUUCUUUGGUCAUACGUAAUUGGAAUGAGCAUAACUAGAAUCAUUCCUAUAAUAUAUUUAUUUUCUUAUCAAAAAAAUAUACUAUUUAUUCCAGCAAAUUUAUAUAUAGCUUGGGGAGUUUUUGGUUGGUUAUGGUUUCAAAUUUGUAUUCUGGCUAGUCAAGAUUUUUUUGGUCCACGCUUUUUUAUCCCUUCUAACCUUCUGCAUCCAACAUAUGAUUAUCAUCCAAUCCUUUUUGAGGACGCUGAAACACCGUUAUCAUAUUCUAACUCUAAUGGGCGUAUUAUUUGUUCUAUAUGCAUUCAAAAUAUAUCUUUACCACGUAUUAAUAAAAAUUCAACUACAAAUAGUACUUCAAUGGUUUUAGCCAGAAGAACAUAUAUGGUCACACCUUGCAAACAUCUAUUCCACACCAACUGUUUAGAGAAAUGGAUGAAAAUCCGCUUGAUCUGCCCAGGUAUGAAUUCUCUUUAA